AAUACUAAUCAUAAUAUUAUUAACAUAACAAAUAAUUAUUAACAUAAACUCGCAGUCGUGCAGCAUGCCUGUGUGCCUAUGUGCCCAGCACUGUGAUAAGGGCACAGCGGGCAUCAGUGGCAUUUAAUAUUUUCAGCAAUGUUGCAAGGUGGGACCACAUUGUGGAAAUAGAGAUUGAGAGAGUCAUGAACUACUCAAGGUCACCUAGCUAAUAAGAAGAGAGGCCAUUGAUUCACCCCAGUUCUCGGACCCCACACCCAUGUUUAACCCACUGUCAGCGGCUGCGUUCCUGUGCAACAGCUUGUGUGAAAGCCAGCCUCAACACUUCAGGUGUGAAAUGACAUCAGCAGGGAUCAAAUCGUAUGUGGGGCUUUUGCAUGCCUGUACUUGUGUGUGCUUAUUUGCUUCCUUAAAUUGGAUUUAUCAGUUAGAAAAAGAAAAUUCAGUCAUUUCUCUCUCAAACACUGGUCCAGACCUAUAAGACAGAGAUGGCUGGAAGGCCCUGUACAAAGCACUGCAUGCCAGUGAAAUUACCCCCAAAGGGAAAAUGGAUCACGUGCUUUGAGUCCCUGCCCCUUAUCCUUCCUCGCUGGUUCCCAACUUGGCUCUCCUAUGCAAGACUUACUUGUUCUGGCUGUUAGAUCUGUUCUCAAACAACGAAUUCCACCUCCAUCCUUCACUUUUCACCUGAGUUAUUCAGAACAUCAUUGGCGAUGUUCAGUCACAGGGAGACUGAGAGUUUGUACGAGGGGAAAAAUGUUUUUUUAAAAAAGUGGAAUUAACACAGGGAAAAGCCAUUGCGUGAAGAUGUUAUGUCCCUUGGAAUCUGUGGGAGAUCAGUGCCAGGACCUCCAAGGGUGUGCAGGUUGCUGAUGUAAACUGGGGUUGUGUUUGCACAUAACCCACACACAUCCUCCCAAUGCUUUAAAUCAUCUCCAGAUGACUUACAAUACCGAAGACAAUGUAAACGCUAGGUAAAUAGUUGCUGUACUGUAUUCUUUUUAAUUUCUAUUAUUUUUAUUGUUGUACUGUUAUUUUUUAUUGUUUUCUUUUAUAUAUUUCCUACCCAUGGUUAGUUGAAUGAGUGGAGGCAGAGCCCGCAAAUACAGAGGCUGACUGCUGUAACAGGUACCAAAAACUUAGAGGCUUAAAGCAACACAAAGUUAUUUCUUGUAGAUCUGGAAGUUAGGAGUCCAAAAUGGGCCGUGGUGGGCUAGCAUCAAGGUGCCUGCAGGACUGCAUGCAUCCUGGAGGCUCUGGGGAGAACCCAUAUCCUUGUUUCUCAGCUCUAGAGGUUGCUGCACUCCUUGGCUUGUGGCCCCUUCCAGCCACAUUCACAUCACUGCAACCUCUGCUCCCAUUGCUCCUGUCGACUGGACUGCAGAGAAGUGUGCUUCCACCCUUCCUGGGAAACAUCUGGAUGACUUUUUUCCAGCCAGCACCUAAUGUCUCUAAGAACCUGGAUUGUCCCCUGGAAUAUUCUGGAUGUGGUAUCUUGGCGCUGGGCUGCUUCUGGGAUUCUACGCCUAUCUCCUCCAGACUUCUGCAGGCUGUACGGUGCUGGCCACACAGCCCUGCCCUGUGGCUGGCUCUGUUGCUGGAGGCCGAGCCUGUUGGAGGCACACUGCGGACCACACAGGGACUGACCAUCAUCUCGUUGCGCCCACUGGUACCCAGGCCCAUGCACCCGCCGUGGCACUGCUGCACCUCAAGAACUGAUCUCUGCAGCGCAUACCCCCAGUUGCAGGCACUAAAAGUGGAGGCCUUGCGGAUGUGACUGUGGCUUUGCGGUGGAAGACCAGGACAGGAGCGCUCCUUCCAUAAACACACAGGAAGUCCAGACCACUGUGGUCAGCCUGCAGGCAAGAAUGCUCUCAAAGCUGAUCAAAAGCUUUAUCUUCUACAUCUUUUUCCAGAUGAAAAUUUCACCAGACCCCUCAAUUGCUGGCCAUUAAGUUCCUUUAGCUUUUAUUGUGCUAAAAUGGAAUGGACUGGAGAGGGUAAUUUAAAUUGCAUUGAUAUAGGCUAAUGGAGUAGGGUAGAGAGAACCCAGACAAAGAUGCAGGAAAAUGAUUGUGUUAUGCGAUAUACAUUAAAAGACGUGGCCACGGCCGGGCGCAGUGGUUCAUGCCUGUAUCCCAGCACUUUGGGAGGCCGAGGUGGGCGGAUCACGAGAUCAGGAG